UAAAAUAUGGCCAAGCGUCUACUAAGCCUUAUGGUCUUGGCAGUCUUGGUUACUGCUGUUAUGUGUAGGAAAGCCUAUUUGAGUAAAUUUAGGAGUUCUCCUGACUUGGAUGUGGAUAAAUUUGUGCAGCUUUGGGAUGAUAAUAGGGAGAAGAUUGAUCCUGUUAUGCAAGGGCUGAAGGUGGUAGUGAUAGGGUUGAGAGAGUGCUUGUUUCCGGUGAGAGAGGUGGUGAGGUUUGGGAGUGUGGUAGCAUCGUUGGUGCUGGAUAUCUUUGGGUGUGACACUUUGAGAUGAAUAACUCCUGCGGUGAUGUUAAUCAAGUUCUUCUUUGAGUUUAGAAAUUUUGCCAGAGAUGUAAUUACUGAGCUCUAUUAUGGGUAUUUUAAUCUCAUGUUUUGGUAUGCUAAGAAAGUAUUUGGAGUCGUUAGCAAGGUAGUAAGACAAGAAGGCCUUGAGGUAUAUACAGAAAAUUCAGAUUGUAUCCGUAUGAGAAUUGGUCAAUAUUUCAUGCCUACUUUUAAAGGAAAUGAUACUUCUAAUUGCUCUCAAUUCGAUGAUAUCAUCAUCAGUUUCUCAGAGCAACCAAUUGAUCCAAGUCUGGAUCUCAAACCUCUACUUGUGAAGCUGAGUAUUAUCAUGAUUCUGUUGAUUUUAAAUUUUGUAGCAUUUAAACUUCUUGCACGAGAAUUUAAGAUAUUUGAGAACCAACAUCAGCACCUCCAAACAAAGCAGUUAAUACUAACACCAAGCAAGGAGUGAAUCUCAGGGACUUCUUCUCUUCAUCAAGAGCUUCUGGCCAUGCACAUCUCUCCUCUGAAAUAUCCUCAGAUCAUAGAAGAGUCUGACGAAUCUUGCAGCUUCGAUUCCGAACCCUAUAGCUCUUUGACAUCAGGAGCGAGAGUUCGAGGUUCCUCUGCCUUCAUCCUCUCGGAUGUUGCUUCCAAGGGAAAAUAA